AUGGUGGCAUCCGCAGAUUCACAAGUCAUGAUCAUUAGCCGUCGCAAUCUUGUUCAUAAAUACAGAGGUUCCUCUCCUCCGGGCAAAGGCUCCUUGUAUCUCAGACCGCUCUGGUUGGAGCAAGCUUGGGUGUGUCUGCAGCAUCAGAGAAGGUACAACAGCCCUGAACCUCUACCGGGAGGAGGUGAUUCCACACGCCUAUCUUGGUGGCGUAAAGGCGCUUCUAAUUACGGUCAGAUGCGAGAGCUUCAUGAGAUCUGGUGGGGAUCUCGGAUCCGGAUUGUUUCUCUUAUUGACAAUCUUAUUUCGGAGAAAUCGAGGAGAUAUGGAGGGAUCUGCUGUAUUGAGAUCGGAGUGUGGGUGGAUUUGAUUUGA